UCUUUUCUAAAUGCGGCCCUGCCUCCUUCAAAUUCACCACUCAAAAAUAUAAACAAAAACAUCUGUUUUUGAAAUUGUGCAAUUAUCCUGGAAAAUUCUCUGAUUUUCCACUGUAUUUCCCAAUUUGUUAUCAGUGAAAAGUGAAAUAAGAAAAUGAUGCAGCAAUUGGAAGAGUUGAAAGACGAUGAACGCCCCUCAAACACGCUGGAAUUGUUCUCUGAACUUCCGGAUGUCAUGGAAAUGAUCCAGAACAUUGAGAAUCUCCACAAGAAUAACUUUGAAAGGGCAUAUGAGAAAUACUCAGAGAUACUGUCGAGAUACCAGGAGCAACCCCAUCUCCUGGAUCCCCAUUUGAGUGAAAUGGUAGUGGAAAUUCUCCAGUACAUCCGACACCAUUCCAAAGUAGAAGUGCAUCAUUAUGCCUUUAAGUAUCUCUAUCAGCUGUCCAAGGUACGUUCCUACAAGACUUUUGUUAAAUUCCUCCCCCAUGAAAUUAGUGAUUUGGAUCUGGUAUUGGGGAUGCUGGAGAAGCAACAUUUGGAUGAUCUUGAGAAUUGGGAGAGUAGGUAUAUUUUGCUGCUUUGGCUGUCAAUUCUUGUACUCAAUCCCUUCCACAUGAGCCGCCUGGAUGCCUAUCCCCAACAGGAUGGUACUCCAGGUGGUGGGAGUAAGAUGGAAAGGAUUUACAAGCAGUGUCAGAUGAAUUGUGAAAAUAAUGAUACUUGUUCUGGAGUGGCAGCAUUCCUGUCGUCCAGAUAUUUGGUCAGGACGGAUGUCAAAGAUGUCCUGUUGCCAAGAUUUUUUGACUGGAUCAUUGAGGAGAGCAAGAGUGAGCAGGGGAUUAAAAUUGGGCAAUUGAGUGCGAUUUCUGCAAUUCUAAAGCAUGGGAAGAGGGAAGAUCUCCUGUCACAUACGAAUAAAAUCCUUCAGUGGAUUGUUGGGUGCAAUUUCAAAGUCUCCACAGACUAUCUCAAGCAUCUCCAUUAUGUAAAGAUUAUUCAGAGAUUGGGGCUGGUUUUGCUGAAGCCUCGAUUGGCCAGAUGGCGAUAUCAGCGUGGGUCGAGAUCAAUUGUGGCAAAUUUGGAGCGUCCGGGAGUCAAGGAAGAAGCCUCUGGGGAAGAUACCUUUUCCGGAGGGGAUGUUUUGCAGCCUCAGGAAGAGAUUGUAGUUCCGGAUGAGAUUGAGGACAUCAUAGAGGAACUGCUAGAGGCCCUAAGGGCUGCUAGCAGUGGAGUUCGUUGGUCAGCAGCUAAAGGGAUUGGAAGGGUGACUAACAGGCUGCCGAAAUCCCUGGGGGAUGAGGUUGUGGGAACUCUAAUUGAGAUGUUCAAUCCACUGGAACCUCAUGAAGCCUGGCAUGGAGCUUGCCUUGCCAUGGCCGAACUGGCUAAGCAUGGGCUCCUGCUCCCUCAGCGUCUGACCAUCAUGGUCCCAAUCCUCCUCCAAGCUCUGGUCUAUGACGAAAUGAAGGGCUAUAUGUCCGUAGGCCAACAUAUCCGGGAUGCAGCGUGCUACAUGAGCUGGGCCUUUGCCAGAGCCUACAAACCCAAUGAUCUCCAGCCUUUUGUCCAGAAAAUUGCCUCUGCUCUCCUGGUUACCACUUCCUUCGACCGGGAGAUUAACUGCAGACGAGCAGCUUCUGCUGCUUUCCAGGAGAGUGUCGGAAGGCUGGGCAACUUCCCGCAUGGAAUUGAUAUCCUCACAGUUGCAGACUUCUUCUCUGUGGGCAUCAGGAAUAAUUCCUAUCUCGUAGUCAGUGAUUUUAUUGCCCAGUUUGAGGAAUACACCAAACCCCUAAUUGAUCAUUUGAUUGAGAAGAAGGUCAAUCAUUGGGAUUUGUCCAUUCGAGAACUGACAGCAAAGACUCUCCACAAACUCACGAAGCACGAUCCAAAGUAUAUGAGAGAUCAAAUUGUUCCCAAACUCUUUGACCUCACGGACUCACUGGAUGUCAAUACGAGGCAUGGAAGUGUCCUUGCCCUGGGAGAGAUUGUCUUAGCCCUGAAAUUGAUCCAGGAAGAUCUGGUUACGAAGGAGAUUGCUGAGAAACUCAAUGGAUUGAUUGAAAAAUUUACAAUGCGAGAACAAUUUCGAGGAAUGAGUGGUGAGAUCAUGAAACCCGCUUGUACGGAUUUCAUCAGGAACUGCAGCAUUGCGAGGAUUCCUGUCACAGCAGCUUGUCUGGGAACCUGGCAGCAGCUCAUCGACAAGUGUCUCACGAACAAAAAUGCCCAGAUCCGGGAAUCAGCUAUUGCAUCCCUAAAGCCCCUCUGCGAAUCUUUCUAUGCAGCCGGAAGACAGGAUUCCAAUUCCAGCAUCAUCGAAAUCUACCUCAAAGGAGCAGAAAAUGACCUCGAAGAGCACAUCCGGAUGGGCUUCCUAGCAGCUCUGGGAGCUCUUCCUAAGUUCAUGUUCAUUCAGAAAUUCGAUGCAAUCCUCGAUAUCCUCACGAAGCAGUGCCUUGUACCUAUCCCAGCAGCCUCCACUGAGAACCCCAUCACGGCUAAAUGGUCAGAAGCUCGCUGCGAGAGCGUCAAAGCCCUCACGAAUAUGGUGCAAACCGUGGGAUUUGCCAAUGAUCAGUAUUUUGGCAAUCCAGCAAUUCUCGGAAGAGUUUUUGAGUGUCUACUAAAAGCUCUGGAUGAAUACACUUUAGACAAUCGAGGAGACAUUGGAGCAUGGGUUAGGGAAGCCAGUAUGAAUGGGCUUUUCUCCAUCAUCACCACCUGCCCGCAGGAGCUCCUCCGUCCGGAUGUCGUGCACGAGAUUAUGACGCACUUCUGUCAGCAGGCAGUGGAAAAAAUUGACAGAACAAGGGGUCUGGCUGGGAAGCUAUUCUGCAAUCUCAUUCAUCAUGAGCCUGCAAUUCCGCACAUUCAGCAUCACGAGAGAUUGAAGGAGAUCUUCCCAGAAGACAGCAACUCCGUGCUCUGGCUCUUUGCUGAUCACACUUUCCCGCUCUUCUGCUCCAUGCUGACGCUUCCUGUCUACUCCAGGAGGAUCCUGCUGGGACUGUCAGCCAGUAUUGGACAACUGACUGAAUCUUUGAUUAAGUAUUCAUCAGCAUCAUUCUUUCAAUUCCUCAAAUCCAAUCCGGAUCAUGUGAAGCGAAUUGGGGAAGAGAUUAUUGCGGUAUUCCAGGAGAAUAGCCUCAAUGAGAGAGUUACUUACCCAAUGCUCAAUUUCUUGGAUCUAUUGAUCAGUUCUGGGACAAUUGAUAGCCUUCUCUGUGAUGCAUCUGAAAUAUUUCCGGAUGAGAUCUUUCAGUUGGUUAGCAAUGAAAUUGCUGGCCAGAAAAAACUCUACAAACUCAUUUCCAGUAUCAAUGUCUACUGUCAGCUAAUACAAGUGCCACGGCUAUGUCCCAAGAUUCUGUCAAAGUUGAUGGUUUUCUUGGGACGUCCUCAUGUCCAUGUGAGGAAGACAGCAGCAAUUAAGCUGUACGAGGCACUAAUUGUCCAUGGAGAUGGUUCGGGGAUUGACGAAGAGAAUAUGGAUGAGGUGCUGAAUUUGCUGUCCGAAACGAAUUGGGGACAGGAUGUUGCGGAAAUUCGUCCCAUCCGGAAUGAACUGUGUCGUUUGUGUGGAGUCAAGGUUCCAGUGAGUGUUGCCAGCAAGGCCAACAACUAACAUUCUCUGCUAUUUAUAAAUCUUUUGUAUUUCGGCAAAUAAAAAGUACUGAAGAAA